AACAGAACACAAGUAUCCCAGAGCAGAAGAAAUAAUAAACGUUGAGACAGGCAGAAUGAAGCACCUUCCAGUUCUGCUCUUCAGCUUUGUAGUAUCCACAUAUGCUGCACCAGUGGAUCUAGACAGACAGGAUGCCGACAUGAAUAUUGUUAAGAAAUAUUUAAAUAAUUAUUACACCACUGAAAAUGAGGCCAUCGCACCAUUCUAUUAUGAUGACAAUGUCACUUUGACUGAAAAGCUCAAGAAAAUGCAGCAAUUUUUCCGGCUGAACGUGACUGGGAAACCUGACACUGAAACCUUGGCAGUGAUGAAGAAAGCCAGGUGUGGAGUACCAGACUUUGGAGGCUUUCUCCUCACGGAUGGGAAUCCCAAGUGGAAAAAGAACAAUAUCACGUAUAGGAUUGUGAAUUUCACACCAGAUAUGCAUCCGUCUGAUGUGGACAAAGCAAUAGAAAAAGCCUUUGAAGUUUGGAGCAAAGCAUCACCCCUGACCUUCAAAAGACUUUAUGAUGGCAUAGCUGAUAUAAUGAUGUCUUUCCAAAUAGGAGACCACAGAGACAAUUCCCCUUUUGAUGGACCUAAUGGGGUGCUGGCACAUGCCUUUCAGCCAGGAGACAAUAUUGGUGGAGAUGUCCAUUUUGACGAAGAUGAAUUUUGGACCACCGGAAAUUCACGAGGCUACAGCCUAUUUCUUGUUGCUGCCCAUGAGCUUGGGCAUUCUCUUGGUCUGUCUCAUUCCAAUGAUCCUGGUGCAUUGAUGUACCCCACCUACUCUUACACAGCGCCUAAUUUAUUUCGGCUUCCUCAGGAUGAUAUCAAUGGCAUCCAAGCCAUCUAUGGUAAAGCAAAUAACCAAGUCCAGCCAACAGGACCUACAACACCAACAGCUUGUGAUCCCAGGACCACUUUCGAUGCUGUUGCCACUUUACGUGGAGAAAUGAUGUUCUUUAAGGGCAGGCAUUUCUGGAGAAAACACCCUCAGCUGGACGUGGAACUCUUUUUCAUUGCCCUCUUCUGGCCAAGUUUGCCAACUCGUAUUGAUGCUGCCUAUGAAAAUUAUGAAAAAGACCAGCUGGUUCUUUUUAGAGGAAACCAAUACUGGGUUCUAAAUGGAUAUGACAUCCAAGCUGGAUACCCCAAAAGAAUCUACAGUCUGGGCUUCCCCAAAACUAUGAAGAGAAUUGAUGCUGCAUUCAGUGAUCCAGAAUCAGGAAAAACCUAUUUCUUUGCUGGUAAACAAUAUUGGAGAUAUGAUGAAAUCAGACAAACCAUGGAAAAUGGCUAUCCAAAAUACACAGCACAACAUUUUAGAGGAGUCGGCCCCAAAAUUGAUGCUGCCUUACAGCAUGAUGGUUAUAUCUACUUCUUCCAGGGGACAAACGUGAUCCAAUACAACCUUAACAGCCAAAGUGUUCAGUCUGUUCAAAGAAGUAAUCGCUGGCUGAAUUGUUAAGCAUGCUAUCAAUGCUAUCCAUUAAUAACUGUUGGCUUCCAUUCUGAAUAGCACCAAAUUUUAAUUCAGAUAUCUAAGGUGCUAGAAAUUCUCUCCAAAACAGGUUCAGCACCAUGGAUAACACCAAGUUUGGAAUUAACCCUGUAGAAAAUUAAUCCUUUUCUGACAUUGGAGCCAUUAGCUACUCUUGUUGCUACCUGGAAUCUAUCCCAAUGCAAAAACAACAGUUAUUGACAAUUCAGCAAUGACUUUAUUUUGUUAUCCCAACAAACUAGCCCCAGUGCACUUUAUUCUGCUUAUAUUUUUGCAACAUAUUUUAUUCUGCCUCUUCAAUAAAGUGUUUUUGUGGGA